AUGGACUGUAGCUGUGUCUCGGACCUUCUCUUCGCCCCGCCUGCCCUGCCGGCUCUCUGGACCCCUGGGUUUGCCUUCCCAGACUGGGCCUACAAGCCGGAGUCAUCCCCUGGCUCCAGGCAGAUCCAGCUGUGGCACUUUAUCCUGGAGCUGUUGCAGAAGGAGGAGUACCAGGGUGUCAUCGCCUGGCAGGGAGACUAUGGGGAAUUCGUCAUCAAGGACCCUGAUGAAGUGGCUCGCCUCUGGGGCAUUCGAAAGUGCAAGCCCCACAUGAAUUAUGACAAGCUGAGCCGGGCCCUGCGUUACUACUACAACAAGCGCAUUCUCCACAAGACCAAAGGGAAGAGGUUCACCUACAAGUUCAACUUCAGCAAAGUUGUACUUGUUAAUUACCCACUGCUGGACGUGGCUGCCGCUGCCACUGGCUCCCCACUCUUGCUGACCCCUGGGCCCUUUGCUGGGGCACCUGGGCCAGACGCUCCACCCCUGACCCCCGAGACCCUGCAGAACCUGUUCUCUACCCCACGCCUAGGAGAGCCGGGGGGUCGGACACCCCUAUUCACCCCAGAGACGGAUAAACUACGUCUGGACAGUCCCUUCCCAUUCCUGGGUUCUGGUGCCACCGGCUACUCCAAGCCACCCAGCCUGCUGGGUCCUUAUGGCCGCGCCUUCCCUGAGUACCCCUGGAACUUUAACCCAUACCUCACAGGCCCCUUCCCCAAGCUGCCCCCCUCUCUCUACCCACCUCACUUCUACCCCAGCCCUUUGGGUUCCCUGGGCCACUUGCCCGCUGCAGGAACAGGGGGAGGGCCCAUGGCUGCACCCCUGCUUGCUGCAACAGGGGAGGGCCUGGGCCCCGAGCGCCCCUCAGGGCUGGCAGUGGCCCCUCGCCUGGCACUGCCGGGGGCUGGAGGUCCAGAGGCCACACUGGCUGGGAAGGAGGACAGUGACUCUGAGCUGGAGAUCACGGACGUCAGCGGCUGCAGCUCUGACAGCGAGGGCGAUGAGGGUCUACCAGUGUCCCCCAAAACCAAGUCAGGCAAAGGGGGGAGUGGCAGCUGAGCAGGUGUAGGGUGGAUUCUGCUGGUGACCAGGGCAGUCACCCAUGAAGCUUCUUCUACUUGGUCUGCCCUUAACACCAGUUCAAGGCCCAGGACCAGCCCUUGGCACCCUCCUGGCCACUUCCAAGCCCCGAGCGGAGGUCACGCCUUCUCCACACAGUGGAGAGGAACAGGCUGGCCUCUAGUCUCUUCCCAGGUUCAGAUUUGAGGGGUAACCGCCCGGCCCCACUCUCAAAGUGCAAUACGGCGUCCAGCCUCCCCUGACCUCCUAUGUGCUGUGACCUGCGUGUUCGUGUGGCAGUGUCCCCAAUCCAGUGCCAGCCCCCUCUCUUGAAAUCCUCCCACACAGGUCCCCCUGGGGACAGGGAGCUCAGAGCAAUAACCCCGCCCCAGCCCCACCCAGGAGGGGCCUCUCCCCACUGGCUCCCUU